AUGGCCGGCUUCGCCUUGCUGCAGCGGCGCCGGCUGCGGCUGAGGGCGAAGGCUCGGGCCCUUGAGUCGAAGUUGGAAAGAUCUUCCUUGUCCGACUCCCAUGCCGCAAGCUACGCUACGAGCCUGUCGACAGCCUCGGAGAAUUCGGACUCCUCUCUCAAGGCUCUCCAGGCAGAUGUCGAGCAGCUUCGAGAGGACUACGGCACACUGUGCGACUGCCUCCGGGCGAAAGGCGUGCUGACCAACGAGGACCUUGUGGAACAAGGCUCACGUAGACUGCAAGCCGCAGCCUUUCAGAGCCUCUGUCGAAGCCCUGCAGCUGUGCGUGUGGUCGCAGAGGCUCUGGGACCUGCGGUCGCGACUUUGUCGGCCGCUUCUCCAUGUGCCGCCUCGGCUUGCCGGUCCACCUUCCUCAUGGAGCCCGCUGAGCAUGAGAAGCCUCAGGAGCUGCCCCAUCGUGAGGACGAGGAGGCCCCGACUCCGGCCAGGCGAAGCGCUACCGUAACGGCGGAGGCCUUGGAGAAGGUCCCGGGGACCACGGCCGUAUCGAGCAAGUCGGCUCUUUCUAGCAGGCUUCUGGCGCAUCUCAUCGGGGUGAUGUGGCGCGCGGAGGAGCGAGAGCGACCCGCCAGCAUUGCUCUUCACCUGAAAGAGGUGGUCCGAAAUCUAGGCCACCUCGCGGGUGCAACGACGGCCUUCAAGCUGUCGGAGCUGUGUCGCUGCACCGCUGAUGCGCCGAUGGCCCAGACUGUUGCUUUGCAUGAGCCGGCCACCACAAGCUCAGACGCCCCUCGUGCCCCUCGCCGUUUCUCAGCCAUGGCCCUGCCGAUGAAGACCGCCAUGAAAAAGGCAAUGAAGGGCAGCGCCAUGAAGGCCAAGUCCAUGAAGGCCAAGGCAAUGAAGGCCAUGAAGAGGAAGGCAAUCAGCAAGAUUGCCCAGGGCAAGCGGGCUAAACUUGCCGUGUUCAAGGGCAGCAAGGAGAAGACCUACACUGGCCUCCGCAAGACGGACCUGAUGAAAAGCAAGAGCGGCCGGAUUGUCAGCAAGAAGCAGCACGCCAAGGGCAAGGCCCUGUUCCAGCAGUUCGCAAAGAAAUGGGUUGAGGCGGUCAUCACGGCGAGGAAGGAACUCGGCCUGAAGGGAUUCUGCGCGGUUGGCGGCAAGAGCGCCCAGGGAAAGGCGCUCUAUGCCAAGGCGAAGGCGAUUUACGCAGCUUAA